UUACACCCGAUUGGUUGUUGUCAGCAUUUCAAAUUCAACCGUUUUUUGAAAUUAAACAACACGAGCAACGCAUAACCUCAAAAUUUGUUUGUGAAUACAAUUUAACUGAAACUAAGUCGAUUUUUUUUUAAUUAAAUCUUUUUAUAAUUCAAUUUAUUAUUUUUAAUUUAUAAAAUUAAAGUUAACAAUGGGAACACAGCAAAAAGCCAAGUGUAUUACAUUGAAAGGCUCCGCUGAACUUGUUAAAAAAUAUUUACAAUAUGGCGUCAAUAGUAUACUUUAUCAACGGGGUAUCUAUCCUCCUGAAACAUUCGAGCCCGCUGAACAAUUUGGUAUGUUUAUUUUGAUGUCUACCGAUGACAAGAUCAAGACCUUCCUCGAUACGGUUCUAUCUCAAGUGGAAGAGUGGCUGCUCCAACGCAAAGUACAGCAAGUGACUCUUGUUAUUACAAAUGUAAAUACCAAGGAAGUAUUGGAGAAGUGGGAUUUCAAGGUCGACUAUGAGGGCAAAGUUGAGUCUACUGAUGGGAAUAAUCCAUCUGCUCUCCCUGAGGUUGGAACUAAAGAUGUACCUAGUAUACAGAAGGAGAUUCGUGAAGUUAUUCGACAAAUAACAGGUACUGUAAGCUUUCUACCACUUCUGGACUGUCUCUGCUCCUUUGAUAUAUUAACUUACACCGUGCCAGACUGUGGAAUACCAAAGGAAUGGGAUGAAACUCAGCCAGUCUUUAUUGCUAACAGCCAAGAAGUGCAGUUAAGAUCAUUUUCUACGUCUAUACAUAAAAUGGAUACAAUAGUGAGCUAUAGAAAUACGUAAAAAUAUUUGUGAGUCAUUAAUUACAAAUUAUGAUGUCUA